UACAUAGUAUUAUAUAAGUUGUUUUAGAAUUAAAUAAUUUUUUAUUGACACUAAUACGACAUGAAUGAAAAUGACACAACUCUCAAGUCUCAAUGACACGACACAGCAACAUGAAUUGACACACCUACUUUCUACACUAUUUUCUCUUCUUACCCAGUUUAUGAAACUUUACAUUCGAUUUUGUUGGAAUGCUACGUUAAAAUCUUCAAUGUAUCUAAUUAUUGCGGUCUGAGUUCUUGCAUCAGCAAUGGCCCAGAGUACAUUGGAACUAGGUCAAGGUCAGGAGAUACUUAAGCUGUUAGGAGAUAAUGAUCCAGGAUCAACCGUUGUUCUUGUUGGAGAACCUGGAAUUGGAAAAACAUGGCUUGCAAAAAAGGUGUGUGGUCAAGCCAUCAGCAAUGGCACAUUUGGCAUAGUCCUUUGGGCUUAUCUGGACAAAGAGUAUAACGAGCUAGCUAUUGGCAAGAGUUUUGUUCGUCAAAUGUCUCUGCUUUCCACUACAAAGGGGUGGGAAAAAGAAGAUAACGAGGAGGUAGAAGAGAAAAAAGAGGAAAUCUUGGAUGACUUGAUGCAGAAAAUAUCUGACAAUGUGGAAGGGAAGUUGCUUCUAGUUUUGGAUAAUGAGGGCAGCAAAAUGAAUGCAGAAGACUUUAUGAAAUUGCUGAAUAGCAUGAAAUUUUCGCCAAAACCAAGCAAGGUGUUAAUCAUUUCGUGUGAUGCAGAUGGAAAACACGAGAAUUCUGAUUCUUUCCGUACAAAGAAAGUAAUCAAGAUCCAGCCCUUGUCUCCUGAAAAGUUAUUAUCUAUAUUCCGACAAACAGCUAGGACAGAAGUUUUGGAGCCACGUGUGGAACAGUUAGCUGACGGUUUCAUCAAGAACAAAGUGGGUUUAACACGUGCCAAAAUUGUCUUGCUAGCAAAAGCCUUAAGCAAUGGAGGAAUUUCUGCAGUGCGACUUCUGGAACGUGCUUUGGAGGAAUCAUCUGGCGAUGGGAGCUGCAGUUAUACAGAAUUACUACACCGUGGUUAUGACAGGGUGCCUGAUGGUGUUUUAUUGGACUGGUCCUGGCAGGGCAGCCAUUUUUUUCAAGAUCGUGAAAGCAUUCAUUUCGGUGAGUUCAUAGCUUGCUGGAUAAUGGAAGGAUAUCUUGGUCAUAUUGAUAGUAUUGAGAAGGCUUAUGAGGAGGGACAUCGUGUUCUGAUGGAGCUUAUAGAUUGUCAGAUGCUAAAAAAAGUUGAUGAUGAAAACAUCAAGGGGGAUUACUUAAGAAUGGCAGGAGCAGUAGUGGAUCUGGACAGGCGCCAUUGUUCUGGAUUUGGUAAAACAGCCAGUCUGGGAUUGGCUAAUGUCUUCGAGAAGGGCCAGUGGGAUGGUAUUGGUGAAAUCGUGCAGGCUGAUGGCAUGUUGAAAUCAGUUUCCAGUGGCAAGAAGGAGAAGAAAUGCUCAACGUUACUGCUCGACGGAAACUGUCUGAGCCUGGAAGUCUCAACUAAAAUCCUUCAAUCCGAAGAGGACCUUCGAGUUCUCGCCCUUUUCAAUCCCAGGCUCAUCACAGUCCCAUUGUUGUCUUCCAUGGAAUCGCUUAAUGUGCUUGUGCUCAGGGGAUGCAAUUUGUUGGAGGACAUCAGACAGAUCCAGAAUCUUAAAAAUUUAUCUGUUCUGGAAUUUCAGGAGCUAGGUCAUUGA